GGGAAGGAAGGGAUUGGGCAGAUGAGCAGGAGGUACUGACGUCACCACUGGUUGGGGAUAACAGAAGGCCUGCCUUCCCUGAAGUUGCUAGGUAACAGGUGUAAACAACAGAAACUGUGGGAUCAUGGCUUCUAACUACAGUGCUAAUCAGUAUGACAAUAGCUUUAAGCCGAAAUAUCUUCAGAACUGGUGCUUGGCCAAAGAAUCCACAAAGCUCCCUGAAACCCAUGAUGGCUAUACUCAGAUCAUUGCGAAUGAUCGUGGUCACCUGCUACCCUCUGUUCCCCGUUCCAAGACCAGCCCGUGGGGCACUUUUAUGAGUACCUGGAAAAUGCCUCUGCAGAUACCGCCAGCUCGGGUGACCUUGACUACUCGUUCUGCUUCCGCUGCCAACAGACUCAUCAGCUGGGUGCAGAAAAACCCUGAUUUGCUCGAAGCCUCCAAUGGACUACGUCCGGACAUUCAGGGCCAUCCCCAGGAUCCAGCACCACCUAGAAAAAGUGAGAGCAUAAAGGUCCCAGGGAAGACUCCUCCUCCAAAGGCUGUACAAGAGAUUCCACAAUCCCCUCAAGGCUCAAAUACUCCACCCUCAAGAGGCCUCCCUGCUGCUUCCCCAGCCCCACUUCCACCCCAAAAUCAAAUCCCCUCGAGAAGUAACUCUUGUACCAGUUCUUCAAAAACUUCUCCCGAUACUCCCAUGAGUCCAGAGGCCUGUCGUAGUUGUUGUGAUGAGCCUGUGGACCAGGAAAUCCAAGAGAGAAAUAUGGAAAAUGAUGAACUCCAACAGUAGAUAAGUACACUGUAGCUCCAUUGACUCUCAAGGGAAUAAUGGAGUGAACCUAAUUCUACUUCAGAAGUGUCAACAAGUUUAUAUAGGGUAUGGAUAAGGGAAAGUUAUAAAAAUAAACAUGAAGUUUUCUUCUAAUAUGGGUCUUCCCUUCCUUCUAUAUCUGCCAUUCUUAAUACAGGUGGGAAGGAAAGGAUCACAAGCAUAGGAUUCUAGCUUUAACUGGGCCAUGCUAGGAAAGCCUGUGAUUCCAGAGGGAGAAACAAUUUGAGUUGCUCAAGAACUAAAAUCAAAGUGAAACAAAAAGGGAAGUUCCGAUCACCUCAUUUAACCUUACUGACCUUGGAUAGAGUUCUGAGGGCUGAGAGGCAAUUUUUAGAGUUCAAAGUGUGGCUUGGGUCAAUAAAAUAAUAAUACCAUAAAA